CCCGAGGAGACCGUGGGCGCCGCGGCGCGCCAUGGAGCCGCGGCUGGUCAAGCCGCCGGGGCAGGACCUGGUGGUGGAGCGUCUCAAGAGCCGCUACGGGCUCGGAGGCAGCUGUCCCGGCGAGUAUGAUUUUUCAAAUUUUGAUCAGGCGAGAUGUCAGAGAAGAUCUCUAACCUCCCCAGAUGAUUUGGACGUCUUCUCAUCUGGAGAUAAAAUUGGUUCAUCAUUAAGAUCUUCUGGUGAUAGAAAGCAUUUUUACAGUUCCUUCAAGCACUUGAAUGUGAAUUGCCUAGAUGAUGAACUGGAUUCUUUCCAUGAUUUGAACAAGCGGGAAAUGGAAGAGGAGUUCACUGAGAAUGACCAUAAAGUUAGUACCUCCAAGUCAACCAAGCAGUCGUUUAGAGAAAUCGAGAAAGUUGCACCGCCAACUAAUUUGGCCUCAGUAAGGCCUCGGACUGAAUGUGGUAGUGAUACAAGUGACUCUCCACUGAGACAUGCCCACUACCCAAAAUCUAAAGCAUCAAGCAAGCAGAGUUUACGUCCACAUCAGAUCAAUCAGAUAUAUGAUGAAUUAUUUCAGAUACAUCUUAAGCUGCAGUGUGAGACUACAGCGCAACAGAAAUUUGCUGAAGAACUUCAAAAGCGAGAACGUUUUUUAGUUGAGAGAGAACAACUGCUUUUCAAGCAUGAAACUGCCCUGAGUAAAAUUAAAGGUGUUGAAGAAGAGGUUCUUACAAGAUUUCGCAUUGUAAAGGAGCAACAUGAUGCAGAAGUUGAACACUUAACUGAAGUUCUUAAGGAAAGGAAUAAAGAAAGCAAGAGACUGAGGUCCUCCUUUGAUGCAUUGAAAGAGUUGAAUGAUAAUUUAAAGAAACAGUUAAAUGAAGUAAGUGAAGAAAACAGGAAGAUGGAGAUUCAGGCUAAGAGAGUUCAAGCCCGUUUAGAUAACUUACAGAGAAAGUAUGAGUUUAUGACAGUACAAAGAUUGAAAGGCAAUUCCCAUGCUGCUCAGGAAAUGAAAAGUUUAAAACAAGAGAAAGUACCAGCUUCAAAAACUUACAAGGCACCACUUAAUGGACAAGUUUAUGAACUUUUAACUGUCUUCAUGGACUGGAUUUCGGAUCAUCACCUUAGCAAACUGAAACAUGAAGAAUCUGUAACAGAUGGUGAAAAGCCACUUCCCAAAUUCACUUCUCAGAGAAAUGGUAUUCAGGAGAAAUGUGUAAAGCUUUUGCCUGUCAUGACAGAACAGCUACAGUGGAUGCCAUUUGUGAAUGUCAAACUUCACGAGCCUUUUGUAAAAUUUAUAUAUUGGUCCCUAAGGCAGCUAGAUGCUGGAGCACAGCAUGCGACUAUGACAUCAACAUUGAGGAGGCUGGGUGAAGACAUAUUUAAAGGGGUAGUAAUUAAAGGAAUUCAGGAUAAUUCUUUGGAGCAGUCUGUGGAGAACAAGCCAAAGACAGCUGCUUUCUUCAAGAGCUCCAAUUUGCCACUGAGAUUUUUGUCUACAUUAAUUGUUCUCAAAACAGUCACUCAAGUGGUUGCUUUUACAUCAUGUUUUUCAGCUGAUUACCUGGCUCAGGCAUUUGAUUCUCUUUGUUUGGACCUGAAGACAGAUGAAGGAAAAACCUUGUUCUUGGAGUAUCAAGCUGUUCCAGUAGUAUUACAUCAUCUAAGACUAUCUAGUAAAGGACUUCUAUCCAAUGCCAUUGAUAGUCUGCUCCAAAUGACAGUGGAAUCUAAGUCCUUGCAGCCCUUCCUGGAAGCCUGCAGCAACUCUGCGUUUUUCCGGACUUGCUCUGUGCUGCUGCGGACACCUAAACUUGAUCUUCAGAUACUAGAAAAGCUCAGUAUUAUUCUACAGAAACUUUCCAAAAUCAAGAGUAACAAGAAGCUCUUUGAACUGUUUACAAUUCACCUGAUGCUUCAGGAAAUACAAAGGACAACACAUCCAGAACAUGCCUUUCUCUGUAUUAACCUGAAUUCAACUCUGUUCAAUUUGGGUUUAACAAAAUGCAAUUCUGUGCCCUCCAAUGCAAGCCACUAGACUGGCUUAUUUUUUUAAGAAAUAUAUGUAUUAUAUAUGUGUUGCUUAUCAAAAGUUAAAAAUCACCAAAGUCACGAAAAUUCUGCCAAGUAAAGUAAUCACUAGCAUCACUUAUCAUGAAAGACAGAUUUUUUUUCAACUUUUUAAAUGAACUCUCCAGAAGCUAUGGAAUUUUUGAAUGUUCAGUUCAACUAAGGUAGUAUUAAAAUACAAGAUGGCAUUUCUAGAAUUUAUGAAACUAGAGUUACUUUUUGUAAAAGUAUUUUAGGAAGAUUCUAUCUUAAAAUUAUGUGAUUAUUUGGAAUAAAUUGGUGCUUAUUUGGGAACAGAGUUAAAUAUGUCAUCAUUCUGUUUUCUUAAUAUAUUAGAAUUCCUGAUUUUGGAAGAUAAGUAUUUUUAACUAUCAUCUUAAUAUCAUAACUUUCUAUUUAUCUUAGAUAUACAUUAUAAAUUUGUGCUAAUCAUGGUUUACUUUAGAGAAAUAAUUUGUAUGUUUUCAAAAUAAUUUAUUACUGAAGUAUAGAAAGACAAUGUAAGAUUUUUUAAAAAUUGAAAAUAAAGAUUUCCUAGUCCCAUGACCGUAAGUAUGUCUUAGUACAGCCAGUGAUGCGUGCUGUGGCCAGAGGUGAGAUCUCGGACGGUGGAGGGGUGAAACUUGGGACUUGGGACAGAAUACCAAGGAACAAGAGAAGAGGAUUGUGAAAUUACACAUAAUCGAUGUGUAGUUAUCUGUUUCAGGAUCCAGAAAAAAAGUGUUGGGACACUGCCGCGCUACUUAAAAGGAAUAUAGGAGAGCCUAUGAAGCAGGAACAAGAGCAAGAGGGCGAGGUGAAUGUAGUGAGGCGUGUGGGAGCUUCCGGCAGGAGCGGAAUGGACGUUGGAAACAAGCAGAAACGAUCAUCUUCAGACCGUAAUGUCACGAGGACAAACAAGAAACUCGCCCAAGAACCCGGUGGGAGACAGUAAGUGGGUCAGAGACCCAGCGCCUCCGCAGGGCCCCGGGGCCUGGGCUGUUUCUGAAGAAGAGGGCAGAGCGGAUGGCGCAGAAGCCGUAUUGAGAGAGAGAGAUGGGGCCGGCGCUGCGGCUCAGGGUUAACGCCCUAGCCUGAAGCACCAGCAUCCCAUAUGGGCACCGGUUCUAGUCCCGGCUGCUCCUCUUCCAGUCCAGCUCUCUACUGUGGCCCGGGAAAGCAGUAGAAGAUGGCCCAAGCAUCCGGCGCCCUGCACCCGCAUGGGAGAUCCAGAAGAAGCUCCUGGCUCCUGGCUUCGGAUCAGUGCGGCUCCAGCCGUUGCAGCCAUCUGGGGAGUGAACCAACGGAUGGCAGACGUCUCUCUCUCUCUCUCUGCCUCUCCUCUCUCUGUGUAAC